AUGGCGAUGAGGAACUUCUACAACGAGAUCAGAGGGUUGAAGGUCAAGGACGUGCCAGCUCACCUGAAGCCUAUGUUCACAAUGAACUACGUGAAGAGUGCGAUCAAGAGGGGAUUGGACAAUUAUCAUGCCAAGUAUAUCCAGACCAGUUCUAUCGAUCCUCUUUAUCACGUCUGCUUUGGUGGAAUGAUUUUCUCUUACCUCGUUGCUCUCCCCGAGGAGCGUCGCCACCUCGAGCACCAGCAGCACGCCAAGGAACAUGGCGAAACGAAGCCUGACAUGAUUGUUCCGCAGAAUGCCACCCUAGCAUGCUCUAUUCAGUUUCAAGGAUUCGGGCCUUUUGCUUUGUCAUUUCUCUAG